AUGAUGUUCCGAGCAAUGCGCGCCGUCCUCAGCGCGGCGAGGAGCGGAGCGGGAGGAAGGGCGGGAAGCUCGUCUCGCUUCCUCUCUGGGUCGUCGUCCGACUCCCGGAGGCUGGCCGGGAAGGUGGCCGUCAUCACCGGCGCGGCGAGCGGCAUCGGCAGGGUGACCGCGGCGGAGUUCGUCCGGAGCGGCGCCAGGGUCGUCCUCGCCGACGUCCAGGACGACCUGGGCCGCGCCGCGGCGGCCGAGCUCGGCGGCCCGGACACGGCCUGCUACACCCGCUGCGACGUGACCGACGAGGCGCAGGUGGCGGCCGCCGUCGACCUCGCCGUCGCGCGGCACGGCCGGCUCGACGUCAUGUUCAACAACGCCGGGACCUUGGGCGGCCGCUACGUGGCCGCCCCGAUCGAGUCGAUGGACAUGGCCGACUUCGACCGCGUCUUGGCCGUCAACCUCCGCGGCGUGGCCGCCGGCAUCAAGCACGCGGCGCGCGCCAUGGCCCCGCACGGCCAGGGCUGCAUCCUCUGCACGUCCAGCACGUCCGGCGCGCUGGCCGGGUCGGCCCCCCACGCGUACAGCGUCUCCAAGACCGCCGUCGUCGGCAUGGUGCGGUCCGCGGCCGCGGAGCUGGCGGCGCGCGGGGUGAGGGUCAACGCCAUCUCGCCGUACGCCAUCGCCACGCCCAUGGGCGCGCGCGCCGUGAGGGAGAUGCUGGGGCUUCCGCCGGGGGGCGCCGGCGAAGACGAGGAGGAGGUGCUCAGGCGGGUCUUCGAGGAGGACUUCAACGAGAUGGGCGGCGGCGUGGUGCUGGGCGCGGAGGACAUCGCGAGGGCGGCGGUGUUCCUGGCGUCCGACGACGCCAGGUGCAUCACCGGGCAUAACCUCAUGGUGGACGGCGGGUUCUCCGUGGCGAAGCCGCUCAACGUGCCGGCGAGCUGA